AUGUCAUCCGACGUUCGCAAGAUCAUCGAUCCUGGCACACCGUACAGUCGGACACUCAAGCAGUAUUCCAUUGAUGAGAAGUUGGCAAUCAUCUCGCAUGCCAAGAAUCAUGGGAAUCGAGCAGCUGGAAGAGAGUUCAACGUGGCAGAGAGUAGCAUCAGGGAGUGGAGGAAGAAUGAGUCAAAGUUGAUUUACAACAAAACCAACCUUGCUGCUGGUUUGGCCGCCACCGCGUCUUCAUCAUCAACUUCUUCUUCGCCCCAUCCAUCACUAAGUGCAAGCCACAAUCAAUCCAAUAACAACAAUAACAACAAUAAUAAUCUUCAAAAUAAGAAUGGGAACUAUCCACCUUCGCUUCCACAAAACCCCGGAAUAUUCCGAUCAAGUUUGGAGAAUAAUGGAGUAGUUCCAAGGAGAAAUCCCGAGGAUAUUGUGAAACUCCAACUGGUCCAACUCGCCAUGAUGAACAUGGACUUCACCCAUCUGGCUCCACUUAUCCAGCUACAACACCAUCAACGACUCCUCCAAGCGGCAGCUGCUUCUUCCCAAGCACCUCCAAUCCCACAACCCCAUCCAGAACCAGCGUCAACCUCUAGCAGUGUCGCUGGAACUCCAAGUUCCAUAUCGUCCUCUUCUACCCCUCCACCAUCUCUGUCUCCCACUCAAUCUGGAUCAGGAAGACGGAAGCCAAAGUGUCCUCAGAAGAUUGUUGAAGUCCUGGACCCUUAA